AUGGUUGCAUGUGCAUUCACAAGGCACUGGCGAACCAGGCAGUUACCUCCCGUUUGGAAAAUGUUAAGUAUGAUGUCUCAACUUUCUCAGAUGAACGUGGCAGAGUUUGUAGAACGCCAGAAUAGUUCCCCAGCAAAUGGGGAAACACCACUUCAUGCACACAUAACUCCAACCAACAAUAAUAAUAAUGUUAUAGCAAAUAAGGGAAGCAUUAAUUGUAUUUCAGCUUCUAGAUAUUUGUUCCUUCAACACAAUUUGGACAUCAGUGCAAUACCUAGAGAUGGAAAUAUCAUUUCAAGUCCUGAGACUACCAGUAUAGGUGAAAAUUAUUCUCCUAAAUUUGAUGUCAGUAGUCAUUUUCAGAGAAGAUGUUUGUUUCGUCAGAGGAAACGACAGGAAUUCAUACCAGCUAAUAAGAAAGACAAAACUUAUUGGGAAAGAAGAAGGAGAAAUAAUGAAUCUGCGAAAAGGUCUCGAGAGAAACAUGUAUACAAUGAUAUGAUUCUAGAACACAAAGUCUUAGAAUUGAGCAAAGAAAACCACAUCUUAAAAGCCCAGUUAGCUGUUAUUAAAGACAAAUAUGGUAUCAGUGGUGAAUCAGUAGUAAAUGUUGAACAGGUGAUGGCUUCAUGCCCUACAAAUGAUGAAAUAUUAAGAAUUAUUAAGAGCACUAACUCUUCAACUCCCCCAGUAAUGUAUCGACAAAGUUCUUUGCCUAUACCUCCACCUAUUAUAUACCGAACGGCUAACACAGGACCAUCCUCACCUAUAGUACCAAUUCGUCAAGUAUUUAAUCCAGUCUCACCAGCACUAAAUCCUCCUGUUUUAGAAGCUGCUGGAAACAGUUUGCUAAAUUUGAGCAGAAGUCGUCCUAUUGAAUUCUCCAUUUCUAAAGAAUCCCCUCUCGCAUCUGGAAGUGGAGAAGUCUCUCUAGCUUCCAACAAGAGCCUGCCACAUAAACUGCGACAUAAAAGUCUGCUUAAUGAUGAGAAAGUUGCAGUUACUGCAUUGCUUUCUCUCCAUAAUAUUAAUAAAGAGGCACCGUUUCGUGCAAGGCCUCCAUGGGAUGGAUAA